AUGUCGGAGCGCAAGGUCCUGCAGAAAUACUAUCCGCCGGACUUUGAUCCUUCUGCUGUCCGGCGGGGCCGUACAGGAGGAGGCAAGCAAAAGACUGUGCGUCUGAUGGCGCCGUUCAGUAUGCGAUGCAAUACAUGUGGCGAGUACAUUUACCGUGGGAAAAAGUUUAAUGCCCGCAAGGAGACGGUGAACAACGAUGACUACUACGGUAUUCCAAUCUUCCGAUUCUACAUCAAGUGCUCACAGUGUAGCUCGGAAAUUACUUUUAAAACGGACCCGAAGAACUCGGACUACGCUGCCGAGCAUGGUGCGCAACGCAACUUUGAGCCGUGGCGUGAAAAGGACGAAGACAAAGCCCCAUCCUCUGAUUCUGAGAACGGAGACGAGGGCGAGGAGGAGGAAGAUGUCGAUCCUAUGAAGGCCCUCGAGAAGCGCAUGGAGGAAGCCCAGCGCGAAAUGGAGGUCAUGGAUGCGCUGCAGGACAUCCGCACGCGCAAUGCGCGCUUCGAGCGCGUGGAUACCAGCGCGGUUCUUGAUGCUGUUGCGCAGAACAAGCGCCCGAUUGAAGCGACGGUGGACGCAGCCGACGCGACACAUGAAGAGGACGAGGCAUUAGUGCGCAAGUACUUUCCCAAGACGCCUGCUGCUCCUGCCACCGAUGAUGCCAGCGUCGAACCAGCGGGAUCCGAGCCCACAGAGAAGGAAUCACCAGACGAACCGCCGCCCGCUGCCAGCCUGCUGAGUGAUGCCACGCGCCAGCAACUUCAGUCGAUUCCACCGACGUCUGCGCCACGUCCAUCCACCAAGCGUCGCCGAGGUCCCAAUGCUUUGGGUAUUGUGCGCAGGGCCUGA